AUGAAAUAUACUAAAAAGGAUUUUGCUUUGUCAGUUCUUGGCAUCUCCAUCUAUAUACUUGAUUUGAUUGUAGACAUCUGGGUGUCUUUCAGGUUUUUCCAUGAAGGAAAAUAUGUUUUUGGUGUUUUAACAGUGAGCUUUAUGCUCUUUGGUACAUUAGUGGUACAGUGUUUUAGUUAUUCUUGGUACAAGUCUGAUUUAAAGAAAACAGGCCAAGAACAUCUUCAUUAUUUUCUUCUACUUCAUUGCUUGCAAGCAGGAGUUUUUACAAGGUAUUGGUUGGCCUUGAAAAAGGGUCUCCAUCUGGCUUUCAAACCCAGCAACAAAGCUAGUGACUGCACGGAAGGACAAAUUGAUGCACAUGAAGAACUUAAAUAUAAUGUGACUGAUUUGACCAUGCUCAGGUUGUUUGAGACAUACCUGGAAGGCUGCCCACAACUCAUUCUUCAGCUCUAUAUCCUUAUGGACCAUGAUCAAAUGAAUGCCAGUCAGUAUGCAGCUAUAUUUGUCUCUUGCUGUGCUAUUUCUUGUUCGACUGUUGAUUAUCAAAAAGCUCUGAGGAAUUCCUUGCCUGAUAAAAAUACCCUUAAACGAUGCCCCAGAUGUAUAUAUUUCGUUUACAAGUUGCUUACAUUAUUAUCUUGGAUGUUGAGUGUUGUACUUCUUCUGUUGUUAAAUGUUAAGAUUGCUUUAUUUCUGUUAUUAUUUCUUUGGUUUUUGGGUAUAAUGUGGGCAUUUAAAGAGCAGACUCAGUUUUGUGCUUCCAGAGGUAUGGAAUUGUUAUACAGGGUUGUUGUUGGAUUCAUUCUGGUUUUUACAUUUUUUAAUAUUAAGGGACAGAAUACCAAAUGUCCAAUGUUUUGUUACUAUGUUUUAAGGGUACUGGCCACAUUGUGGAUAUUGAUUAUGUUCUGGGUCUGCCCACCCAUUGACUUAAAUUCAGAGUAUUUCGUAAUCAUCAGUAUCACUACAGCUCUUAUUCUUUUUCUUGGAAUUAUUUUUCUUAUUGUUUAUUAUGGGAAUUUACACCCAAGUAAAAGUGAAGAAAAGAUACCUGAUGAAAUUGAUGGAAAACCAGUUCAAAAAGAUUGUAGAAUGAGGCAUUUCUUAAUGGAAUAA